UAUAUAAAGCCCAGAGAUCUGUAAUCUUGCGGCCAGAUCGUUAAGAAUGCUGAAGAAGAUUGUUCUCGUAUUCGCGGCCUUAGCUUUGGCUAAGGCCCAAAUCCCCAACCUGGGAUGGUGUCCCGAUCAAGUCCCCAUGGCUGGCUUUAACUUGCCCAAGUUCUUGGGUGUUUGGUACGAAGCCGAAAGGUACUUUCAACUAACCGAACUCGUCUCGCGAUGUGUCGUUUCAAACUAUACCAAAGGAUUCGACGGAAAAGUGCGCGUCAGCAACGAGGUUACCAACCGACUGACUGGAAUAAAACGCGUCCUGGAGGGUGAGGUUAAACCCUCACCAACAAAGGCUGAGGAAGGACGAAUCAACGUGAAAUACACGACUGUUCCUUUGACUCCUGAGACCCAGUACACGGUACUGGAGACCGACUACGAAAAUUAUGCACUCCUCUGGAAUUGCCAGAGCAUCGGACUCGCCCACACUCAGAGCGCUUGGGUGAUGACCCGAAACCGUAACCCGUCUUCGGCAACUAUGCAGAUGGCCUAUGGCGCUUUGGACAAACACGGUCUAUCAAGGAGAUUCUUCGUGAAGACAGACCAGGCUGAGUGUGCCUUCGAUCUGGCGCCCACUCCAGCUGCUGCAGCUCCAGCUCCAGUCGCUGCUCCAAUUCCAGCCGUGGCUCCAGCUGCAGCUCCAAUUCCUGCCGUGGCUCCAGCUGCACCCGCUACCCCGAUCAAGGAGGAAACCGUAGUGCCGGAACCCGGGCUUGAAAAGGGGGUGCUCUUGAGGUCGAGCGGACUUCUGCAAGAGGCUGAGCCAGCGAUGGAAAUGCCAAAGGAAGAAAUCGCCGUCGAAUCAAGUCCAGCAGCGGAGAAACUGGCGGAAGAAGUGCAACCUGCUAGUGUGGAACCAGCUAAAGAAGCAUCGCCGAAACCUGUCGCACCGGAAACGGUCCCAGAAGUUAUUCUGAAGGUCGCUGAGACCGCGAAACCAGCCGCAGAUCCACAGCCGGAAGCAGCGCCGAUCGCCGAGGAGUCGAAGGUCCACGAGGUCGUCGUGAGUGCUGAACCGGAGAAAGUAAAGUUGGACGUCGUUGCCGAACCGCAAUCGGAAGCUGUGCUGAAGGACGCUGAACCGGCGGAAACUGUCAAACCGGAGGAACCAGUCGCGCUUGAAGAACCGAAGGAAAAACCAGCGGCGAUGAUUCCUGUUCUAAAUUUAGCAGAACCAGUUCCGGAAGCUACGGCGAUCAAACAGGAAAAGAUCGAGACUCCGGUCGCCGCCGUUCCGCUACAGGAAGCCGCAGCCUUGCCGCCAAAAUCUGCACUGCCCGAACCUGCGAAGAAGGAAAAGCUCGCCGAGGUUCCGAUGGCCGCACCGGAAGCUGCUGAGAAGCCCGCGCCGCUUGAAGAGGCCGUUAAGCCCGAGUUACCAGCUGCAGAAUCGGCAGUGCCGGAAACUCCGCUUGCCCCUCAGAUUCAGGUGAAGAACCCAGAAGUCGCUGUUGAAGAACCGAAGCCGAAGGUAGUCGCCGAGCCGGCGAAGAUCGUGGAACCGAAGCCUUGAAGUUGGCGCAGCUCGAUACCCCGAAUAAGCCACCGAAUCUGGUACACCACAAGACUUUAGGCUCAUCCCGAAAGGCUGACGAUAAUUCCACGUGGCUCGUAGCGGCUGGUUUUCGGCUUUGGACAACAGUUUGGAGUUCGAUUCCGGCCAGUCUCGCCGCACAAGUGCCAAAUAAUUUAUUUUCAUAAGUUAGGUUUGUAUUUAUCUAAUGAUGCAAAAAUUCCGUACGUAUAUGUGUGAAAGAUUUGAUGGUUAGAGCGAGAAAAACAAAA